AUGAACCACGCCUGCGAACACCAGGAACUUAACGUGACCACAGAUCCGGAUCCGCUGGGGGGCCAUCAGACCUGGGAGGUGGUUUUAAUCGUGCUUGUGACUGGCCCGCUCUCAUUUAUCACAAUCCUGGGUAAUCUGCUGGUGGUCAUCUCAUUCAGGGUCAACCGACAAUUAAGAACCAUCAGCAACUACUACCUCCUGAGUCUGGCUGUAGCUGACCUGAUCUUAGGCGCGGUGUCCAUGAACCUGUACACAACUUAUAUCAUAAUGGGUCGUUGGAUGUUUGGAAACUUGGCAUGCGAUCUGUGGCUUGCACUGGACUAUGUGGCCAGCAAUGCCUCCGUGAUGAACCUUCUGGUCAUCAGCUUCGAUCGGUACUUCUCUGUAACUCGUCCACUGACGUACCGGGCCAAAAGGACUCCUAAGAAAGCAGCCGUGUUGAUCACUCUAGCAUGGGUGGUGUCGUUUGUUUUAUGGGCACCCGCCAUCCUGUUCUGGCCCCACGCGGUUAGCCCACCGUCCAGGGACGCCUGUUCCAUUCCGUUUCUAGCAGAAGCUUCUCUGACCUGUGGAACAGCCAUCGCCGCUUUUUAUCUGCCCGUCAGCAUCAUGGUCGUCCUCUACUGGCGGAUUUACUGGGAGAUCGAGAACAGAGCCAACGGACUUUCCAAGUUUGUGGGUUCCACUACCAGCAUUGAGGGCAACUUGGCGAAGGCGAACGUGUGGUUAAACAGCGCCCAGAGCAGUCUCAGUAGUUCCACCGAGAGAGGUUCCAGAAAGGGUCCGAGGCUGGACAGGAAAACAUCACUUGGGUGCUUUCCAUCAACUCAAAAACAGCUUCCUGUGGCAAAGGGAAACACAUCCAUGUUGCCACCAGACGGAGAACUCGAUUACAGAGAGGCUGCCAGCAGCAGCACCUGGCACAUCGCUGAUGAUGACAAUGAUGGCAUGAGCUCUUCAACAUCAGAAGAACAGGAUCAUGAUAAAGCACUGGCAUCAUCGGCAUUGAACCCUGUCGUUAUUAAGCUGGAGGAUUUGCCCGUUAGCUCCGAGGAUCAGCAGGAGGUUCCAGCCUUACCUGCCAAAGCUGCCGACCCAUCAUCAAGCAAACCCUUGAGGAACUGGGACCUCAAUCUCUGCAAGCAGCUUAGAUCCAAACGGUGGAUGAACACGAUCAUUCGGGAAAAGAAAGCGGCGCGGAUACUGAGCGCCAUCCUGUUGGCUUUCAUCCUCACCUGGACACCCUACAACAUCAUGGUCUUGGCUUCUAUUUCCUACCACGUCCCGGAGAAGCUGUGGCAGCUGGGGUACUGGCUGUGCUACGUCAACAGCACCAUCAACCCCAUGUGCUACGCUCUCUGCAACGAGACCUUCCGAGCCACCUUCAGGACGCUGCUGAUGUGUCGUCACGGGGAGGCCAAGAACCGGGAGCCGAGCGUCCAGAGUCGCCAACCCUCCGUGAGACUCAAUAAGACCUGUAGCGCAGUGUGA